AUGGAUAUUACCAAACUUAGUAGUAAUGAAAUUAAGGAGAUACUGUUAUGGUUGCAUGCAUGCAUAUAUUAUAUUCAGGAUUUGCAUGAUUUAUUUGCUGCACUUAUAGUUCAAAUACCAUUGGAUACGCAUCGAUCUUUAUUUCGAAAUUAUUAUAAUACAUUUACAUCUGAAGAUGCUAUUCAAGCUUUAGGCAACUUACGCUUUUCUCAUACAGUAUGUACACCAGACCCUAAUGAUCCCUCUCGUCAACAACGAACCACAACAACUACAACUUUUAAUAUGGCUCGAGAAAUGGCAAAAUCACUUUGUCAACAUUUUCAAAAUUGUCGAUUAAUGGAGAAUGCAGUAGAUCCUCAAAAUAGAACCUUUCGUGAUAAAGGCAUUUGGCAUUUAACUCCUAAGGGUUUAUGUAUUUUACAAGAUUUUUGUUUACGAACAGAGGUUAAUAUAUCUGAACUUCGAAAGCAUUUUAGUCAUAUGGAAGCAAUUCAAUUAGUUCGUUUAGAACGUAAUCUUGAUGAUGACCAAUUGAUAUUAACAAGAGCUCAAGUUUCAGUUAUCUUUCGUGUUAUGAUGGUUUCUUUACCUCUUGAUGGUGAAUUAUCAAGUUCGGGUAAUGCUAGUUCAGUGUCUGUAUCAUCCAGGCAACAACCUUGUAGUACUCCUGCUUCAUCUACUACCUCUUCAGUCUCUUCAGCAACUUCUUCUUCUUCUCCUUCAUUGAGUACACCCUUUGCUAUGUCUUCUGCUUCAUCUAUGGGUGAUUCACGAGUCCAAAUUCUUGGAAAUUAUCUUCUUACUCUCUCUAAAUCAAAUCGUACUACUCAAGUUAAAACAGCUAAAACGAUGCGAACUGUCUUUUCUUCUCAAAUGUGUUAUGACUGGCUUAUGGAUUAUACAACUAUUUCAUGUCGAGAAGAAGCUGAAAGUAUUGGUCAAGAAUUUAUUAAAUAUAAUUGGAUAGAAUUUCAAGAUAUGAAACAUCAAAGUAUACCCUUCAAGGUAUCCAAGGUGGUUAUGUUUGUCGUUACUGAAAAGGGUAAAAAAGUCGUGUUGGAGACACCAAAGCAACCCAUCUCCCUUCCACCCUUGAGUCAGACAUUAUCUACAGAUCGAUCGAAAUCUCACUCUGAAAUAGUGCGUUCGCGUAGUAACACGAUUAUAGAAGAAGAAGGAGGAGAAGGAGAAGAAGAAGAAGAAGAAAAAGCAACUUUACAAGAGAUACUUUCACAGGAUCCUGAAUCAUUAUUAAUUACACAGUCAACAACUACAAUAGUAAAUGAUGAAGAUGCAUCAGGGAAUGAUAACAACCUAGGUCAAUCUACUCUAUCUUCUAAUCGUCCAUCUAGUAUUGCUAUUGAUCAUCAUCAUUCUCAACCUGCUGAUACAAAAGAAAGUAAUUCAGCACGACUGAAAAUCAUACUUGAAAAUGCUAAACUUCGUUCACCUUUCAAAGAUUUCUUGAGAGCAAACUUUUGUGAAGAAAAUUUGGAUUUCUGGAUAGAUUACAAUACACUUCGAAGAAAAUGUCGUAAUCAAAGCCCAGCGUUACCCACUCAGAAUCAAAAGGAUUUAAUGGAAGAAGUUUAUGAUAUUUGGUCAACUUAUUUAGCGCCGGGUUCAUCUUGUGAACUCAAUGUAGAGCAUUCCCUUUGUCAAGAAAUGGCAAGAAUUAUAAACUCUGUAAUAACUGUCAUCCCUGCCUAUCUUGGUCAAGGCAAACCUACAAUCGUCAUCACUGCUUCCUCUGCUUCACAAAGCUUAAGAAUGAUGUUGAAAUUAUUUGAUCGAGUCAAUGAGCAUAUUUGUCGUUUAAUGGCUUCCGAUUCUGUUCCAAAAUUUGUAAAAACUGAAAAAUACCGUAAAAUAAUAGACUCAAUUGAAAGAAGUGAACGUAAAAAGCAAAGAGGAUUAGAGGAACUAACGGACUCUCUUCGUAAUAUGGAUACUACUGAUGAAUCAUAUCAUGUUGAAAUACAAGCGUAA